AAAAUUUUUUUUCUUUUUCUUUCAUUCUGUUGAUUCUGAUGAAUUUGGAUUAACCAUUGAAAGGUUUCUCAUGUUAUAAACACUCUCACUCUUUUAUCUUCAUCAUCAUUGUCAGUUAUCAUCAAUACUUGAAGGUUAGUUAAAGUUUCCUCAUCUCCAUGAUUCUUGAAUAAUGUCCGCCGGUUAACAUAUGAAUUAUAAACAAUUUUAAACCCUCCGAGUUGAUUAACUUAUGAGUUUUCACUCAUCACUUUAUCAUUGACGUUAAUCAUGAUGAUGAUUAAGAUUAAGAAAAAAAAGUUUCCUUGAAAAAAAAAGUUGAAAGUUAUUAUCACAACUUCAUCUUAAUCUUUAGUUAACUUUCACCAACUAAUCUGUUAAGAUUACCAAUCAACUAAUUCAAUUUCAUCUAAUCAUGUUAUUUAAAUUGUGAUUUGAAAGCUAAUUUUAAGGUUAAACUGUCAUUUUGAUUUGUCUGUGUUAGUUUUUUAACCUUCAAUCACAAUGAACAAGUCAAAUCAUCAAAGUUGUUCAUCUAAUUGUCUUGGACGUUGGUUACAAUUAACUUUAUUUAUCCUUCUUUAUUGUGGAUUAAGUUAUAACUUUUAUUUAACUUACAAUUUAAGGAAUCAAGUUAAUUCACUUGGAUCUAAAUUGUUGACCAUUACUCCAACAGAAUCAUCUGAAUCACCAAAAAUUGUUUCUGCAAAUAAUCAACAUCAUCUUGAUAAUAAUAAUGAUAAAGUGAAACCUAAUUUGUUAAUCAAACAUCAAUACAAACGUAAUGUUUAUCCAAGUGAUCAAAAUUUCAAUGAUAACUUUCAAUUCAUCUCAUCGAUAAAUGUUUCAAAUGAAUCAUCAUAUCAUGUUAAACAUCAACAUCAACAUCGUCACCAUCAUAAGCACCGAGGUAAAAGGCGACCUGACCAAGGAUCAGCUGAUACAAUUAAAUCUGAUUCAGGACCAGGGGUUGAGUUUUACCCAGAACCGCAAACACAGAAACCAAGUUCAGAUUUCAUUUGGUUAACAUCCCACUCAAGGAUCUCACUUCCGGUUCUAGAAGAGUAUUGCCUUUCAGCUAAACAGUAUUGUAAACCAGGUAAUCCAGGUCCACCAGGGGAACAGGGAUUUGCCGGUGAAAAAGGUGAAAGAGGAGACAAAGGUGAGAGAGGUCACCAAGGGCCAAAAGGACCUGUUGGAUCACAAGGACUUCAAGGUGCAACUGGACCAAAAGGUGAACCAGGUGAGGCUGGUCUUGACGGACGUGAAGGUUUACCUGGUGAACCAGGACUCGAUGGUGUACCCGGUAGAGAUGGUGAAGACGGUAAGAAUGGUAAAGAUGGACAGGAUGGUAUUCCAGGUCAACCAGGAACUAAUGGAACCAAUGGAAUCAAUGGUUUACCUGGUACUCCUGGUGAGAAAGGACCUUCAGGCCCUCCUGGUACACCGGGACAACGAGGACCCGCAGGUAAAAAAGGUGUGGCUGGUAAACCUGGUGAACCAGGUCGUCCUGGUAUUUCAGCUUGGAAAACGGUGACAGCAAAUAAUAUAACGGAUACUUCAACAAUCUUGAUUGCACCAAUAAUGAAUGAUGAAGAAUCUAAUCCCUCAUAUCGGGUUCGCGAAGGCGAUAACGUUGUAAUUGAAUGUACGGCCAGUGGUCAACCUCGACCAAUAUACUCUUGGUACAAGAAAGACGGUAAACCAAUACGAUUAAAAAAUAAUACAUAUGUUGAAGUUUGUGGAGGUAAAUUAAACUUGACCAGAAUAAGACGUGACCAUUCAGGGACUUAUAUUUGCUAUGCUAACAAUGGGAUUCCACCUCAAGUGUCCAAACAAUAUCACCUAACGGUUGCUUAUCAACCUUUAAUUACUGUUACCAAAGAUGCCGUUGCCGCUGAUAAUGGGUCUUCAGUGGUUCUCGAGUGCCUUGUUGAUGCUUAUCCAACAGCUAUUCAUUAUUGGACCUUUAAAGGUGACAAAAUAUUGACUGAUUGGAAAAGGAAAAUGUAUCAAAUUGACAAAUCAGAUAAUUUAACUCAAUUAUUAUUUAAUAUUUCGCACAUUGAACCAAGUGACCUUGGUGUUUAUAAGUGUAUCUCAAAAAAUGAGGUCAACACAACCUAUGGAAUCAUUGAACUCUAUGCCAAUGAUUCAAGUCGACACAAGGGCCAUGAUCCCCAUGAAAAAGUAUUUGGAAUACCUGAGAUUCCACCUGAGGAUCCUGAAUGUGAAUUAUGCCAAGAAUGUAAUUGUCGUCGAAAUGAAACCAUCAAAGCAGAAGAAGUUCAUGGAUUUGAUAAGACCAAAUGGAUCGGAUUAAAACCGCGAAGUCAAGAUUGUAUUCGAGGUGGAACUGUGAUGAAAUUACUACGAGUGGGUAAACCUUUAUUCAACUCUGAGCGUAAUGAGACCUGGGGAUGUUGGAUGCAAGAUCCCGUUGCUACCGAUGAAAAGGAACGGGAAAAAUAUUGGUUGACCAUUGAUCACGAGGAUAAACGAGGUGUACUCUACGAAUAUCCAAAUAAAGUGGCCUUACGUAACGAUGUACAAAGUUCAAUUCAUAAACUUCGUUACAAUUUUACCGGAAAUUCUCAGAUUAUUUACAAUUCAUCGUUUUAUUAUUACUCUGAUCAAAUGAAGAAAUUGGUUAAAUUUGACCUUCGAACCAAAGAGUUUGCCUACCUUGAACAUAGUUUUACCCAUUCAUUUAAGCAACUUUACUCUUUGGCACAUAAUCAUCUUGACCUGAUGUCAGAUGAAAAUGGCCUCUGGGUAAUUUGGCCUAAUCCGGAAAAUAACAAUACGAUGGUGAUGAAAUUUGAUGGGUCAACUUUGAAUAUACCUCAAGCCUCGUCCAUUGAAACCAUUUGGAAUAUUAAACUUGACCACACCUCGAGAGGUGAAAUGUUUAUUAUCUGUGGUGUUUUAUAUUCGGUGGCCAGUAUAUCGGAAACAUAUACGACCAUUGAUGUGGCCUUUGAUUUGUACAACAAUAUAAAUCUGAUCGAUUAUCAGGAACCAAUUAAAUUUAUCAAUCCAUUUAAGAAUAAUAUUAUGCUAAGUUACAAUUCGAGGUCUCGAAAAAUUCAUGGCUGGGACACUGGAAAUCUGAUUGAAUAUCCAAUCAUGCUUUCUGAUCAAUAAUAAUUGAGAGACUCAAAGAUGAACCAAAAUAAAUGAGAUAAUUAAUUUAACUCUUUUUCUAUUAACCAAAGACAAUUAAUCUUUUGUUUUGUUUUCCAUUGAUAAUCUUUGUACUCAAAUUAAAGGUAAUCUGAAUGAAUAUUAAUCCGAAUCAUUGAUUUUUCUUGUAUACGUUUUUUAUUCACUAAUUAAAUUUAAUUCAAC